AUGGAGGGAAAGCGUUCAAGCUCAGAGCGCAGCGUUUUGCUACGAAAGAUCAGAGAGUUCACACGAACUAUAGUGGAAGAUCUGAGCAACGGACGGUCGCCGAUUGUUCUCAUCGACCGGUUCAGAAAUUACUGCACGAAUCCUAACGCGAUCUGCUAUUGCAGCACCGAUUUGUUGAAUGGGAAGGAAACUCUCACACUUCGAAGGGAAAGCCAUGUACACAGGCUGGAUGUCUUGCUUAGAGUGCUGUUGAUUGUUCAGAAACUUCUGCAAGAAAAUAGGCAUGGUUCUAAGAGAGAUAUAUAUUACAUGCAUCCAUCUGUAUUUUCAGAACAGUCAGUUGUAGACCGGGCAAUCAAUGACAUAUGUAUCCUGAUGCAAUGCAGUCGCCACAAUCUAAAUGUGGUUUCUGUUGGGAAAGGGUUGGUGAUGGGGUGGAUAAGAUUCUUAGAAAACAGAAGGAAAUUUGAUUGCAUAAAUCGUCCUAACAUGGCCCACCCCAUUCCUGUUCACGUUGAAGAAGUCAAAGAUAUUGUUAGUGUUGCUCGCUACAUUCUAGUUGUGGAGAAGGAAUCGGUAUUCGAGCGAUUAGCAAAUGAUCAAUUCUGCAAUGCGAACCGUUGCAUUGUCAUCACAGGAAGAGGCUAUCCAGAUAUCCCCACGAGAAGGUUUUUGCGGCUUCUCAUUGACAAGUUGUGUUUACCUACCUAUUGCUUGGUAGAUUGUGAUCCCUACGGCUUCGACAUUCUGACCACGUAUCGGUUUGGUUCAAUGCAAAUGGCCUAUGAUGCAAAGUAUCUGCGGUGUCCAGAGGUAUGCUGGCUUGGAGCUUUUCCUUCAGAUUCUGAGAAAUACUGUCUUCCACAGCAGUGUCUCCUUCCUCUGACAGCACAAGAUAGGAAGAAAAUUGAAGCCAUGUUAAAUAGAUGCUACCUGCAAAGAGAAGUCCCAAAAUGGAGGUUGGAAUUAGAGUUGAUGCUGCAAAGAGGAGUGAAAUUCGAGAUUGAAGCAUUGUCUGUGCAUUCACUAUCCUUUUUGUCAAAGGAGUACAUACCAUCUAAGAUUCAAGAGUUGUGUUCUGAAAGUGAAUUCACAGUGUGAGACAUGUAGGAGAAAGGUGAUGGAAGUCUUGCAGUGUCUCCAUGGAGGUUAUAAUAUCUCCAUAGAUGCUGAACAAGGGACUGUGAAAGUUACUGGGAGAGUAACUCCAAAUGCUGUUUUGAGGACAC